UGUCACGUGACAUUGCGGUCACGUGACUCCGACCCCGCGGGAGCCGAGGUACGCGUUCCAGCUCCCGGAGUCGGGGGGGCCGGGCGCGCCCAGCCCCCAGCCCGCCGCCACCAUGCUGUCACGCCUGCUGAAAGAACACCAGGCCAAGCAGAACGAACGCAAGGAGCUGCAGGAGAAGAGGAGGCGAGAGGCUAUCACUGCAGCGACCUGCCUGACAGAAGCUUUGGUGGAUCACCUCAAUGUGGGCGUGGCCCAGGCCUACAUGAACCAGAGAAAGCUGGACCAUGAGGUGAAGACCCUGCAGGUCCAGGCUGCCCAGUUUGCCAAGCAAACAGGCCAGUGGAUCGGGAUGGUGGAGAACUUCAAUCAGGCACUCAAGGAAAUCGGGGAUGUGGAGAACUGGGCUCGGAGCAUCGAGCUGGACAUGCGCACCAUUGCCACGGCACUGGAAUAUGUGUACAAAGGGCAGCUGCAGUCUGCCCCCUCCUAGCCUGUCCCCCCUUCCUAACCCCACCCCCACCUCUCCUGCCUCCCCCGUGGGGGAAGCUGACAGGCCAAGAAUAAAACACAAGCCUCCA